AUGCCUAAAAGUGCUAGAAAUGUCAAGAGUAAAACCCCACGAGCUUCUCUUGCUCAGACAGACUGGGGAUGCAGACUUAGUGACCUCAUCUUAGAUGACGAUGAAUGGAAAAUGUCACUUUCCAUUAUUUCACCUUCAAUAUUAGUGGAAAGUGAAAUUAUAUCUAUACUAGCUGCAGCUGUUAACAACGGACAGAGAAGAAGAUUCACGGUUAUAACAUAUGAGGAUAUACUGAGUCAAAUUGCGGCGCUAUGUAAAAUUAAAAAUACAAAAGAGGCACCAGAAUUCUGUGAAAUUUGCCACGUCGCUAAAAGUUAUUUAGAUUCUACGGGUGUCCUGAACUCACAAAUACUAUCUAAAUUGCUGAAAUUCAUGUUUAACAACCUCAGAGUUCAGGAUAUUAAGCAACAAUCUGCCAAGAAAAAUUCUGUUCAAAAACCCAGUCGACCGGAUGAAACAAAAAAGAAGGAGAACCCAAAAGAUAAGAAGUCUGGAGUCAAAAACACAAAACUGCCAGAACCUCCGGUUGAUAAAGAGAAAAGUAAACUUUAUAAACGUGGUGAAGAAAUCCCGGAAGAUAAAUAUCUCGGUGAUGAACCAGCUAAUGGAAUUUGUCGAUACAUUCUUCUUGUUAACUUUGAAAAACUUGGACUUUUGGAAGAGUUAUGCCAUCUUCAGAUAGAUGUUCACAGUAUUAUACGUUUACAUGUAAAUGACCAAAAACAACUUCAAAUACUAAUUACUAAACAGAAGGCUGAAAAAAUGUGGGGUUCAAAAGGAUCUGAACAAGAUUUGGAGCAAAUGAGAUCUGAACAAGAGGCUAUAAUAUCAGCAGAAGAACAUUUAAGACAGUAUUGGCGUACAACUAGUAUUUUAAUGCGAGAUCAUGUAUACGAUCGUCUGGGCAAUAUUGCAACUUUAGAUUAUAAUGUUAAAACAGAAUUACUUCCUGAUGAUUUGAAUGGAACAGAAAACAGGGCAUCAUUUGGAGUUGUAAUGUUCAACGAGAUUGCCACUAUUCUGUAUGAUCUCAUUGACUUUAGACGCCAGUGGCAAAAUUAUUUACAGCAUAUCAAAGUCAUACAACUGCCUAUGUGCCCUCCAUUGUUAGAUGAAAAUUAUCUAUCAAGUCAAAGUCAGUUGACGAAGUUACUUAAACCGAUAAGGAAUUCGAUGCAAGCCAUCGCGGAUAAGAGUCUAUUAAAGGCUGAAGAGUGUGGUGAUAAUUCAACGGAAGACUUUUUGGAUAUGAAAUUUUACAACGAAGUACUUCAAGGUUUACCAAUUGAAAAUACAAGUGUUGAGUUGAUACUUCACGCCGUAAUAGAACAGGUUUACGCUAUAGAAAAAGGAAUUUUACCAAAGAAUGUAUCAAUUGAUGAAAAAGCUAGGAAUGAAGGAAUUGAUCCCCAUAUUGCCAGAAAUAUUGCCAAUGAAGUAGAUAAACUAGUUUUAACUGAAGUAGAGAGAACUAAAUUAAGCGAAGAAAUAUCACUUCAUGAAAAAUCAACAAAAUCGCCUUUGAAUACAUCUCCCUCUGUCAUUCUGCAUCCUUAUGAUGAAAAUCAAUACAAACAGCUACUUAAUGCAAAUAAAGUUGAUAACUGUGAAGCACUUAUGAAGUCUGAGAUGGAUUUGUUUGCCCAGUCACUUCCAAAUAUAUUCAGUCACGAAGUCGAAGGGAAAAAUGAACGUGCAGUAACUUCAGAACUACAAAAAAAUAUAACUCAGAUGAAGGAAGUGAGAUUCAAUCAAAUUCUACAGUUUGCUGAAAAGUUUGGCUUCACUGCAGAAGAAUUUAAGCACUACUUCAGCAAACUUCAACUGGAGACCUUAAAGGUUUGGAAACUAUACUCAUCAAAGAAGAAAUUUCAACAAUCUUUAAAAGUAAUCCAGCCACUAGGAUCUUCAUGUGGAACUUUGGUGGAGAAUUCAAUCAGUGUUUCAUUAAAUGGUAAUGGAAAAAAAAGCAACAAUCAAAUGAUGCUUGAAGCAAUUCCAUUGGACGAUCCUUACUUACUGUAUGGAAGUUUGUCGACUUUGUUCGCUAAAAUUGAAUUUGAAAUAAAUCGACUACUGAAGUUGUCUCUCGAAGCGAAUAAUAGCAAAAAUCAACAAAACUCUUCGUCUACUUCCUUAUCAAUUCAAUCUACAUCACCUACAUUAUUUGCAAAGAAGCGCAGCCAAUCCCUGUCAUCAGCAUCAUCUUCAACUAACCGAAGAUCACCAGCAUCAUCCAGACUGAGUAACAGUACCAGAACAAGCGAGAAAGACAAUGAAACACAUACAUCACAUACAUCCAUUGAAACAGUAACUCGAUCAAAAUCAACUAGUGGUCGACGAAGUUCAUCAGCUGUUCGCUUUGAUUUAUCAUGUACAGAUAAUAAAAGAACAAAUCUUGAAAAUAAAGAUCAAAAGAAUGAAUAUAACAAAUUGACUAUAUUGGCUCAAGAGCUACAGGAAAUAAUAAAACAACUAAAAUCGACCAAUCAGAUAAUGAUGACAUCUGAUAAAGGGAAACAAAAACUCAGUUCGAAUGGUUCAUAUGAAACAUGUACAGUAGUAUCAGAAAGUUUCCGUGCAUCAUUAGAGAAGGUGAGAAAUAUCCAUUUGGAUGAGUGGUCCGUAGAAGAGAAAUUAAAGCCGCAUACAUUAUUACAGCGACUUCACAGUUUGAAUUAUGAAAGGCCUUAUUUGGAUGUCUAUAAACGACGUUAUGAUGAAAGUUUGUUCAUCGUCUGUCAUCAUCCAUUCGAUCGAUCCAUCCGUUCAAAUCACAUUACGUGGUCUAGUUGGUUUCAUGUUAACAAGAUAGGCUUUCGACCAUAUCUACAAUUGAUUGAAUCGCAUAUUAGAAAUUGGACACGAGAACAAGAGGCAAUCUAUGAAGCGGCUAAGCUGAGUUCUGAAAUUCUACAAGCAGAUGACAACGGUAAGACUUCAACUGAAGUGACCCAGUCAAAACAAAGUAAGAAAUCUCCUAAAUCUCAGAAAGCUGUUAAAUCAAAACGUACACGUUCGGCUAGUGGAUCAGAAUCAGAUACAAGUACAAUACAAGGCGAAACAAAGUCUUUGCUAGGUGAUCCUAAUGAGUUUAUCUUACCUGGAUCACUCAAAGCUUUACAGAGAGAACAGGAAGUGAUUAGGCUUAAAAAGGAAGCUGAAGAACGCCAGAAAGAAGAAAAACGUGCUAAGUCGGCUAAAAAGCAAGCUGAAAAGGAAUCUAUGCACAAUCAGAAAAAAGAAUCACCAGGCAGGCAUGGUAAAUCACCACGUUCCAAGUCACCGAUGGAGAAGAAAGAUCCGGAUAAUAACAUAAAUAACUUGCUGCAGUUAAAAAUUGGUGAAAAUAGUCCAGAAUUUUGGCCAUUUGUGGGCUAUGAUGUUUCCAACUUAUUACCGCAUUUAACUGGAGAAGUUACCCACAUGUUUCCAACUGAUGGAGGCACAAUUAAAACGCAAAGAAGUGAAAUACCGACAGGGGAAGCGAAUUUACGUGUUAGUCUGAUAAAAGAUGGACAUGUAUUCACAAUCCACAAAAAUGAUGGUCCUCCUGAACCGAAUAUUCCGUAUGAAAACCCAAAUGAAAUUGAUUUUGGUAACCGAGAAAACGAGAAUGGUGCAGUGGACUUAGGAUCAACUGGUAUCAUACAAGAAGGCUGUGAUAAUCAUGACAGCUUCAAAAAUCCUUCAUUGCCAGAGUUGUUUAGCUCAGUUACUGCUUGCUUUUCCGAUGGCAUCUGUCUAGCUGUAUCGAGGAUAAAUAAUCUGAGCCUACAAUCAACGCCACAUUCUGAAAGGGAACCAAACCAGUUCAGUUUUCCACAUAGAAAUAACAAAACAAACGACAAUAAUAGCAAUACCAUUACUAACAAUAAUGAUAAUAACAAAGAAGUUAACCUUAUGCACAUAGAAGGUGGCGAAGGUGCACAAGUAACUCCGUUUAAACAGUUUAUACACUUGUCUACACCCGAUGGAGCACAAGUGUCUAUUUAUCAUCAAAUUAGUCAACUUUCAAACCCCCUUAUUAAUGACUGUGUGAAAACAAAUAUACCCUUAGAAGAAGUUGAAAGUAACCAAAACGAUGAAUGUAAGACAACAGAAGAACAAAAUAAAGAUCAGUUUAUGAAGUUGCUUCAUGGGACACUAUUGAAAUUACAUCCACCAACUAAUGAUGGCGUCAAUGUAAACUCUUCAAAGAUGAAGUCUGAUAGGGAAUAUGAAUUAACACGUUUUAUCACAUCGGAUGGCAUAGUUAUACAGGUUUUAAUGCCUGGUUGUACAUCAUCUGCUUCACAUGCCUUCAAGAUUUUGUAUCCUGAUGGAGCAAUUAUGGAACGUGGCACAGCUGUCUCUGAAGAACUGAGACGAAAAGAAAAUCCAAGUUUCACUUCUGACAGUUUACAUGAAGAACAGGACGUUGGUAUCCAGCCAGAAAUUGCAAUGCCAAACACACUGCCAGUUAAUCCAGCUCAAUCAACCAAAGCAUCUGCUAAGAAAAAGAGUGCUAAAAAGAGGGUAGAAGAAAAGAAGAAUGAAGACGAUGUUCGAAACGACCCAGUGUUAGCUGUAACAGAAGCUGCAACGUUUAUCACUCCAUCUUGCACAUCAAGAUCAACAAUUGAUGAUCCAGAUGAAAAUUUACCUUGGCUCGUUACACUUUUGUCUGGCGAGCGCUUUUGGUUCAAACCAAUCAAACCUAAACACCAUGUCAGGAAGUCAAGUGGGAACGCAUCUACUACAAAUACAUCAGAGCGUAUAUCACAGGAAUCCAUUGUCGUGGAUACACCUAGUUCGAAAAGCACUAGUGAUACAAUGAUGUAUGAAACAUUUCCAGGUACGUCAAUGGAAUCAUUUCGGGCUUAUGAUCCUGCAACUGGUGAGACUUUGUAUACACGUCCAGCAGAUGGUUUGAUUGCUGUCGAACCUCACCCAGAUAGUCCGCUCAAACUGAUUGUACAACAUUCAGAUGGUACACGUAUAACACAACUUUUAUUAGCAUAUGAAAAUGAAAAAGUGGCUGCUACACAGAAUUCUGAACUUGUACAAACUAAUCUGAAGAAACCACAAAUAUUCAUUCGUACAGAAUGCGUUGGAUUUCCAGCUGUAGUUCUGAAUAGAUCGACUGGAGAGUUUGAGAUAUCACUAUUUGGUAAAAGUCAGUUUUCUUCUACAUUUCAUUCUAGUCCAUCAGGCCAUCAUGUAUUACAGCAUUUCAAUGGAGGUCAACUAAAUAUAAAUCCUGAUAGUUCUGUCUAUUACACUAUUGAUAACUGGGCAAACUGUAAUGUCCUUUUAACCGUUAGUGAUCCAAAGCAUCUAGCGGAAGAAAUGAAUUCUGAGUCAAAUCAAACCAAUUCAGCUGAGCCGACAACUGAUAGUGAACAUCUAAUUCGAGAAUCACUGCAAUCCAAUUCACUGGGUAAAGGGAAUGUAGACAAUGAAGAUGAGAUAGUCGGAUCACACACUGAAGAAAUAACCGAUAGUUCUUGCUGCUUACAUGAUGAACAUAUACCUAGAUUAUUUUAUUUCGAUCCUAAAAGGCGACUAGUUAGUGAAUUGAUGCACUGCAAAGAAUUCGACUGUUUACUACAAAAAGCGCAUAUUAUUCAGUCUCCUCAUCACAAGGUAACCGCAUUGCCAAUAUACGAGAAGCUGGCCUAUAUGAAUAUGAAAAAGCAAAAGUUAAUUUCGACGGACACUAUUACGGCUUCAAACGAAGCAUUGUUCAUGAGAGAAGCAAUGCAGAAUAAUCCGAAGAUCUAUGGUUUAACACUUAUGCAACCAAUUAGUACGAGCGAAACAGGCAAAUACUAUGUUCAAGAAAAUAUUAUUCCAGAAGGUUUAAGCAGUCAUGACUUUCAGACUUUAACAAAUCCAUUGGAAUUAAAAGUGAACUCGGAUAUGCCAAGGUUAGGUGAAAGAGCUGGCAAAGGAUUAGAUAUCAUAUCACCUUCCUUGGAGUAUCUUGGUUUAAAACUUCCAGAGACAAAUGUCACUCUGUUGCCAGUGCAAAAAAGCAAGUUAGUAAAACGUGACAGGCAGAAACUAGGUGCCUGCCAGCAACCGCUUCACGUAAAUGUCAGACAGUUCACACAAUUUCCAGUAAUCACACCAGAUAUUACUCACCGUAUUUUAGGUGUUUUAUGCGCUUAUACAGAACACUUCCUCAAUCGUUUGAAUGAGUGGUGCAAUCAGCAACCAACCAGAUCAUCACAGGUGAUGCAAUCUGAGCUAAGAUUAUUUUAUGAUCCAAUAUCAACGUUGACAGAUGUAUUAUCUCGAGAAAAACAAACUGCAGAUCAGUUAGAGAUCGAUAAUAUUACAAAUGCAUCCAGUUCUCCUAGUCAACAAACUGUUAUCAGUCAAGAAAUUCCUCAAUCUGCAUAUCAAAUUUCCCCUGCUAGACAAGCUGCUUUCGAGACUUUACGUCAGGAGAUUGAAAAGGCAAUGAGGGAUAGAGCAGCACUGAGAAGUACGCAUAUUCCUAACUACUUCCGAUCAAAAGAAGGAAUUGGAUUUCUUUUGUCACAAGUUCCUGAUGUUAAAAAAUUGGCUAAAUUUGUGCCAGAACUGAAUAAUUCAGAUGAAAGCGUUGCGAAAAAUGAGAAAUCCACUUUAACAGAGCAAUCAGUUCCAACAAUCUGCGAUUCACCACCAAAAAUAGCAAGUCCGUUAAUGAGAUCAUUAGAUGCUGGAACAGUGUUGACAACUAGGACGAUGACAACAACAAGAAUCAACAAAGAUAACCUUGAUGGAUUAAUUAUGAGUCGAACAAAUGAAAAUGACAACAAAGAUAACUUUAGAAAACAAAUGACAUGCAGUGAUUCAUUUAACGAAAUAAAAAAGCUGCCAACAAGAAAUUUAGAAAAAGCCUGUUUCUAUUAUUAUGAAGUUGAUCAGUCGGAGAUUGAAAUGAAAGAUCGUCGUGUUUCUCAUGUGCCCUUGGAUGCUGUUGCUCUGGCCAAGCAGAAGAGGAUUCGAGUACCAAAAUAUUUGUAUGCUAAACGACCAAGUUUAGGAAAAUUUGUUGACCAUUCAGGUAGACUUCAUUGUUCGACAGAUUUAAAUAUUCGACAAGCUAUGGUUGAAGAUCCUGUGCGUCGUCGAUCUCUGUUCACUAGCAUAAUAGGCGGUCCACCAUGUGGUCAGAUAUCACUAAGGCGAAUGCGUGGUUUACGAUUAUCACCAAGCUACAUCAACGUCGGGGUAUUACCAUACGGAUCAAUUCGUAAAUUUUCAGUCAAGCUGAUUAAUUGGGGUCCAGAAACUUCAUACUUCCAAAUCAAGCAGCUUCCUAUUCACAGUGGUGUACGUGCCUUCUACACACCUGGGCCAAUUCCUGCAGGAUUAUAUCGUCAGUUAACGAUAGAAGUAUCAAACCAGACUAAAAACAAGUUGGAAAUUCUUUCAGAUAACCCGAAUAACGGUGAUUGUUACAGUCAUCAAGAUGAACAACACCAGUCGGAAUAUCAUAAUGAAUUCAAGAAAGCCAGUCAACCAUAUAUAAAAUGGAAUGUCGAUGAAAAUCUUCAGGAUGGCUUAAAGGAUCACGAAAACACUAUUUAUAACAAUAAUGCUGAUGAUGAGAAGGAUUUAUGCCUAAAUAACGAAGUUCAUAUAUUUUCAGAACAGUUACAAAUAACAACUGAUACGCACAUAAUGUAUUUGUCAAUAACAGGUCGUCGGAUCAAUCCAACAAAACACUCAGUGAUGAAUGUUAACGAAGAGAUUAUUAAGCCUAAAAUUAUUUCUCCUUUAAUAUCAUGA